AUGGCGCCUGCUGCGAAGAACAACACGCCAGGCCGGCGCAAGCGGACGGACAACCAGUACUUCGAGCCUGGCAAACGGGGGCGCAAGACGGGAUUGGAACUGAAAGAUUUGGGACAACGCGACGAGCAUGGACUAGAACCGAUGUCAGGCAUCUUUUCGUCUCCGCAUGAGCAGAAUGGGGACAAGACGCUCACGAGCGAGGACAUGGAUGUGCAGAACAGCUCUGCACCAGAUAUCCGACAAACGCUCUCUCAGCGAAAGACCCCCAGGUUCCCGCCUCCGCGACAAUCGACGCCGCGACGUACAAACAUUGGAUCGCCGAAGCGCAUGUCUUCUGCGAAGCCGAGGCAGCAGGAACAAGAGGAGGAAGAUGAUGAUCGCUCGCAGUCUCAGCCCCCUGCCAAUCGAAGACUGGACUUUGGAGGCCAGACGAAUAGGAAUCGCAAGAGCAUACACACAGUCGAGACGCAGAGCCCCUUCAAACCCAGGCAUGCGUUGCGGAGAUCGACAGGACCCGGACGACCAGACGUGUUUGCGCUGCCCAUUGCAGAUGAUGAGGACGAGGAGGUUGCGAAAACAUCCAUUGAACAUCCCAACGAUGUGGUGGACGAAGAGGACGAGGACGAGGAGAUGGUCGAGCAAUCAAUCGAAGACGGGCCUAUCUUCCAGGAAGACGGCGAUGAUUAUCCAAUGGAGAUCGACCAGACUGCUGGAGAUCUGGAUCCUACUGAAGUCCGUCCUUCGUCCAAUAGCCCCUUGAAGCGCAAACCAGGAAGACCACGAAAAUCGGAUCAAUCUGUGAAUAGCAGCCAAAUCGAUGCCAACGGAUCUGGACGAAAGAAACGAAAUCGAGCGAGUCUGGAAAACGAUCAUUCGCAAGCUGAAAGUAGUGCACAGGGUGCGAUGAACCCUCCUGCGAGAAAGAAGAGAUCCUCUGGCGCGGAUAAAGUCGUUGUUCAUCGAGAUGGCGGAGACGAAACCAUUGAUCCUUCAGAAAUUGCGCAUGGCGACCAAUACAUGGUGGAUGAUGACGCAGAGGGUGUUCCCGAAGCUGAUCUUUCCCAGCAGCUGGACUCACAGCUUGUUGUGGAAGCAGAGUCACAGCAGGGCAAGAAGGGAAAAGGAAAGAAAGGCAAGGGUAAAGCCGCUGCGCCCAAGGAGAGAGACGCCAACCGUUCAAUGCAAAACCGAGCAAGCUCAGUACGGGACUCACCAUCAAAACGGGCGCAACGAGGCACAAGCGUUGGUCCCGUUAGCAACGUCAACCUACGUGCAGUCACGCCUUUCGAGGAUGCUGGUCACACUCAGUCGAGGUUUGGGCGAAAUCUGAUUCAGCCAUUGAAGUAUUGGGAAAACGAAUCGCGCAUAUGGAAAAGCGGCGAGAUCGAGGGCAUUGUUCGUGCUGAGCAUGUUGAAAAGCCCAAACCCAAGACGAAGCGUCGCAAGAAGGGCGGAAGAAGGGGCAAUCUCGAAUCCAUUGACGAAGAGAGCGAGACUGAAUCGAUCAUGCCAGAUGAAUGGGAAGACGAGCAGGGAGUCAUUUCUGGAACCGUCGCCAACUGGAAUCCAGCCAUAAAAGCUGGCGAUCCCGAAGACCCUGUGCAAGAAGAUCUCGCCUUCGCGGCCUCGUCGAUAGUCACGCGCGAUGUGGCAGGCUCCGAAUUCAAGUACGCCAAGAUCAUGACGAUACCCUUCUUCGGUGCCGGGAUCGUCGAACUACCACCCGAAGGCUACAAACGCGCCAAGAACAGCCGUAAGAUGCAGAUGGUGUUCUUCGUGCACGAAGGCAAAGUCAUGGUUGAAGUGGGCGCGACGGGCCUGGAGGUCAACUCGUUUACGUUGAGCAAGGGUGGAUGUUGGGUGGUACCCAGAGGCAACAAUUACGCCAUCACGAACGAGUCUCGAACGCGAUCCGCGAAAGUUUUCUUUGCGCAGGGAUGUGUGGUCGAGGGGACGGAAUAG